AUGGUAAAAAGCUCCCACGAUCCGCGCUUGACUGCUAUCGUCAACAUGUCGAAAUUCGCUGCAGACGUUCCGUGGUUCUUUCCCAGAAAGCGACGCAUGUCCGCACCACCGCUCAACUUUCGUGAUCUCAGGGACAUGGACGGAAAACAUUUCUACAUGAGGCAACACGAAAUCGAAGAUUUAUUCCUGGAUCCCAAAGACAUGGCCGAAUAUUCAUCUUUUGAUCGCCUCUACCCCACCGUUUUAUUCAGCAAUGAUAAGGCCCUGAAAUUAUAUUCAUAUCUGGUCGAUGUGUCGCAAAUUGUGGCCACCAUGGACCUGGCGAGGACGAAGGUCCCUGUUCCUCGCGUUCACAAGCACGGCUAUUCCGGAAACUGUGGUUAUAUCCUGAUGGAGCGGAUACGAGGAUAUCCACUUUCCCGUUUUCUUCGUCACUACAAAUGCCCUAUGCCUCAUAAAGUCACAUUCGCGAUAAAAAGGAUAGUCGAGGAUCUAGCGAGCUUAGGUCUCUGCCAUAACGACGUCAAACCACGGAACAUUGUUGUCAGCUCGAGCUGGGAUGUACUGACUAUUGUAGAUUGGGAUCACUGUAUGCCACUUAUACACGCAGGAGAGUAUACCAGAAGGGUAGUAUGGGCGGAGAAACACGACCCCUUUUGCAUCACGGAUAUCUGGGACGCUUUCUUUCUUUCUGUGGCCGCCGACAGGGUUGGAGAGGAGUUGCUCAUGGAGCAACACUAUCGUUCCUAUAUGUACACGGUGCCUCUCCGAACGACCGGGACGGUCUCCCAACCGUUUGGUCCGCAAUCAGCACUGUCUUUGGAGUUCAUGGAACGUCGUAGACGAUCCAAGGCUUCCGCGCUUGCAGGCGGGUCGGAAACAGCAGAAAAAGCGCAAUCUGUCGAAGUGGGUCUUUAG